UGCGCAGCUAUGACAACGUCCUUCAUUCAAAAGUUGGAUGUUUGCCUUCAGAAAAGAUGUCGCCGGCUAAAGUGCACAAGAGAGCUCUCAAAUGCGCCGUGCUUUUGGAAAUUCAUUCAGUCACGUGCCCAGUGUUGUUACUACAAAAGCAGAGUAACAUCUACCUAAGCGUGUGCAUCCUGGGCCAGUACCGGAAGACCACGUGCAUGCCACCUGUGUUCCCAUUGAGCUUUCACCAGAAGAUGAUCUUUGAGAAGAUUUUCCCUGGUGUCGUUGACCCUGCUGAUGUAGCUGACCUCCUAGAAGCUGACACCACAUAUUUUGAGCUGAUUCAGAUGGUCCCUCCAGGGGGUGAGAUCUUGGCGACCUUGGAAGAAAACACCCGAGAGUUUUUAUAUCCAGGCCCAGAAUUUAAAUCCAGAGAAAACGCAGCCAAGCGGGAAAAGCUGAUGAAGAGGACACACUCCUUUUUUGGAAUCUCCCCCAAGGUAGAGUUUUCCAGCACAUCAGUCAUUCAGGACAGCAACACUGAAGACAGCUGGCCCUCGCCUAGCAAAUGUUCUCCGCUGAGAGCGUCUCUGUCCCCAGGCACUAUGGGAAAAAUGUCUUCAUCUUCCAAACCACUUUGUCACUUCGGCUGGCAAACUCCCACAAGCAAUGACGGGAACUCUGCCUCUUUGAAAACAGAAAAGCGACUCCAACAUACAAAGGCUAAGAUGUUGACUGACUCUCCAAAGUCCACAUCUAUGUGCUCUCCUCCUCUGUCCCCAUCAAAAAAACUACAGCAGAAGAAACAAACAGGUGUAGAGGAGAGGGCAGACUUUGGCUACCUUGAGCCCACGGUCUCCUCCAGGGCUCGGGCACUGUCUCCCUACACCCACCGCAGGAUGUGCCAGCUCUCAGAGGAAGCCAGGCAGAGACUCAGCCACCUCCAGCUCGGACCUCAUCUCUUUAAGAAGACCUCGAGCAACCCACCUCCAUUCUCAGUCCCUUGGUCCACUAACACCUCUCUGCUGGAGUCCUCUUCCUCUCCUCAUGACGGACCACAUCGUGGUGAUGUGCAUCAGCGCUCCAUCAGCCUCACAGAGGAGCACACAGAUGUGUCUCUCCUGGGGAGUUACAGACCGCGUGCAGACAGAAUGGAGUGGAGUCAUGUGAGGACCCAGUCUUCUCCUGGGACCUCCAGACACAGGGCUCACCCCAAAAGCCCAGCCGAGGCCCGUCUGAAUGCGUCAGGGUCCCUAAGCACCCCAGCGGCUCCACACUCUUCUCUAAAGGAGAGAUUUCUGGCCCUUGAGCCAAGUCCAUCAUACAGUGAGGAGAUUCACAGACGGGUUCAGAGGAUCCUUCAGACUCACAAAGCAUCGUCAGGUGGCCUCUGAGUUACUGUGCUGCUUUUAACGUAUGAAGGGUUCAUUCCAAGGCGUUAAGAGCAGCACCUUGCUCCCACCAUCCUCUGGGCUAGCUUUUGCCCGCCCCGACGGUGAAACCAAACAGAGACAUCUAAUUUCUCCAAAGCCGUGUGUGAAAUUGAAUGAAGAACAGGGCUUUGGCAUUGUGUGUGGGAAGAGGAGAUGGUGGAUGUAAGCUGCAGCUGUUAAGAGCUCAUCUCUACAACACAAAAGAGAGACAAGAAGGAGGCCCAGAGCCACCGCUGAGAGCCAGCAGUUACAAAAGACUGAGGAGAUUUACAGAUGAGAAAGGAAGUAAUCCCAAAUGAAAGAGCAGAAGACACAGACAUUUAUCUUGAAUUAAGGCUCGUCAGUUCAUUUCACAAUGUUUCAUGGUAAUGUCUUCAUUAUAUAUCGGGUGAUACUAUGACACUGUCUCUAACACUAUUAUAUAUGAUUUUUUGUAACAAAUAAAUUAUUGUUUGAUUAAAAACAAUAUUUUAGACAUGUUGCUCAUCAGGUUUUAUAAAGUACUCAUUGAAUACACUUUAUGUCAGUCCUUUACAUCCCAUGAGCUUGUGCAUGUAUAGUGUUAUUACACACAAUAUACAAAGCAAUCUGAUGUU